GAUGCUGGGAGAGGCAUUGGGGAGCAGGAAGACAUGUUUCUACAAAAUGAAUUCUGAAAGCAGAAAGAACUUGAUCCUGGGAGAAGAGAAAUUUAGAUACUUCUGCUUGGAAUUUUUGAAGCACUCUCAAGCUAUUGGGGAUGGCUGGGAGUGGAAAAACGUCCAGGGAUGUGAGGAAGGAUAUCUGAGUAAGAUCUGCUACCAAACAAGAGCUAUUGAUUCAGAUCAUGGGAAGACACAUGAGCAGGAAGAUGAGAACACAUCCACAAUUUCGGAGGGCAAGCAUGAAGAAGAAGAUAGCUGUGCUCUACCACAGGGAGCUCUGCAAUCAGAAGUGAUUCACUAUGAAUAUCAUGUUUUGUACUCCAUAAGCUAUCAGGCACCGGUGCUGUACUUUAGAGCAAGCUUCUUGGAUGGAAGACCCCUAACACUAGAUGCAAUAUGGGAGAGGGUGCAUGACAGCUAUAAACCUCGACUACUACAUGGACCAUGGGAAACUAUUACCCAACAAGAGCAUCCAAUUCUUGGGCAGCCGUUUUUUGUACUUCACCCAUGCCGAACCAAUGACUUCAUGUCAUCUCUUCAAGGGAGCACAAGCAGAGAAGGGAAUUACAUCACUACUUGGCUCAGUACAGUAGGACCUGUGGUUGGAUUGACUUUACCAUUAAGUUAUGGAAAAACUGUGUGAAGCCAUAGCAAGAGAAAUUGGUCGUUCCAAGUCUGUGAUUUUUAGAAUAUUGCAUCUUUACAAUGUCACAAACUCAUUCAAGUCCCCCAAGAAGGAUGGUCACCUACGAAAGAAAAUGCAAGAAAGGACAGGAUAAUGCAGAGAAUCUUAAUGGGCAAUCGGUUCAACACUGCAGCUGGAAUUGUUCACCAGUUCAGCACUGAACAGGGUAAGGAUCUGUCUCAUCAUACAGUGUCUCAACGUUCAAGAGCGUUUGGACUGAAAGCCCACUCUGCAGUAAACAAACCUCUCAUUAUCAGAAUGACUCAAAAGGUUAGACUAACUUUUGCUGAAAAGCAUGUUGUAUGAACAGAGGAGCAGUGCUCCAAGCACCUUCUUCAACAACAUGUGGUUCCUUCUCUGCUUUCAUCACUCAGCCAUCAACUUUCAUGUAGGACAAUGCCCCUUAUCACACAGCAAAAUGGGUAAAACAGUUCCUUGAAACUGAAAACAUUGAAAUAAUGAAAUGGCUGGCCCAGAGUCCUGAUCUAAACACAAUAGAAAACCUCUCAAAAAUCCUUAGCAACAAAGCUAUGGUUAAGAAACCAACUACAGUCACCGAAAUGUGGAAGAGUCUGGAUGAAAAGUGGACCAAAAUCCCACCACAGCAGUGUGAGAGACUAGUAAUGUCCUGUUGCCACAGAUGUGCUGAAGU